AUGGCAAACGACGUGCAAGACCCGCUGUCCCCGCUGAAAGGACGGCACGCUCCUGCAGUGAAAGCUGGAGGGAUGCGGAUUUCCAAGAAACAAGAGAUGGGCGUUUUGGAAAGACACACCAAAAAAACGGGACUAGAGAAAACAAGCGCCAUCCCAAACGCUGCCAAAAUCCAGAUGCUGGAUGCUCUGAACGACACGCUGGACAAGCUCAACCAUAAAUUUCCAGCAGCAGUCCACACAGCACAUCAAAAGCCCACACCUGCCCUGGAAAAGGCCACUCCCUUGAAGCGGACCUAUAUUAUCCAGCAGCCUCGAAAGUGA